UUUUUUUAAGCUUUAGUUAGCCAGUGUGUGUUGUAGAUGCCCGCUUGCGUGCGACUGCAGUAUUUUACAGCGGAGAGAGGUAAUCUUGCAGUGCUGCUGGCUGCAAGUGUGUAACCCUUGAGGAAAAGCACUACUCGUCUCUUAAUAGACUAGCUUCCUUAUCACGCACGCCUGCCUUUCAAGAUUUGAUGCUGACACAAGGCUAUCACCGCUCACGUAAACUUUUACACACCUUCAUUGAUUGUCUGCCAACUUACACAUCAACAUCUUCUCAACGAAGCUUGAUAAAUAAGCAGUCACUAUUUCCGUGUCUGUUGAAGCAAGCUGUGUGUUUUGAUCGGAUACUCUUUAACUUAUAGCUAAUCUAUGUUGCUCAUUUCAGAAAUCUGUUCUUUAGAAAUAGAAAGAGUUCAAUCAGGGAAUGCACCAGCUGGUUCACAAAAAGAUGAAAAAAAUAUACCAUGUUUUGAAAUACACACUGGAAAACCAUACAAACACUCGUGUAAAAUCAAGAUUCCUGUUAAAGAAUUUCCCAAGUUCAAUUUUGUGGGAAAGUUAUUAGGACCAAAAGGUAAUUCGUUAAAAAGACUACAGGAAGAAACAAUGACAAAAAUGUCUAUACUUGGUAAAGGUUCAAUGAGAGACAAAGAUAAGGAAGAUGAGUUAAGAAAGAAAGGUGGAAAAUAUACCCACUUAAAUGAAGAUCUUCAUGUUCUUGUAGAAGUUUAUGCAGAAGCAUCAGAUGCAUAUCAAAGAAUGGCACAUGCUUUCACUGAAUUACAGAAGUAUUUAAUUCCGAAUGAUUACAAUGAUGAAAUCCGUCAACAGCAACUUCAAGAAUUGAUGUAUUUAAAUGGUGGUGAUGGUGGUCGUGGUCGAGGUCGUGGCAGAGGUGCUCCCGGACAGACGCCCCGAGGGGCACCACGGGGUGGUCUUCUAACGUCUCCUGCUGGAAGAGGUGGUCCCGCUGGCAGGGGUGGUGCUAUUCCACCUCCUACGAGGGGUGCUCCUGCAGGACGUGGUACACCCCCAUCAAGAGGUGGUCCACCAAGAGGGGGUAUGGCGGCUGGCAGAGGUCGGGCAGCACCUGCUCCACAAGUGCCACCACCCAUGGAACAAAGCUAUGAUGACUAUGGAUAUGAUCAAAGUUAUAAUGAAGGUUAUGGAGAUCAAAGUGGUUAUGAAGGUGGUUAUGGUGAUCAGUCAUAUGGCCAAGUGGACUCACAAUAUUACGAUUACGGCGCUGGGGGACAGUAUGAUGAGGGAUACGGUGAUGGUGGCUGGGGCUCAAAUGUUGGACAGAUGAAGGCCCCACCACCCACUAGAGGUGCAAAGGGACAAUACAGAAGUCAUCCAUAUGGAGGUAGAGGCGGAGGUUACUAAAAACUAGCCCUGGUCAAAACCUAACCCUGCUGCACUGGUCGUAUUCGCUGUCUUCGUCCAGUCUCCAUCCACUUAAGCCGAGUGGCUUUGACCAACUGAUGCCAAUCUCAGUUGUGGCCCACAGAAGAAUGACAAGCAUGUGAGCAAGGAGGUACAAAAAUCAUGACUUCAUGCACCAUAUUUCACUCUUCCAUAUCACCCCAACACUUAAUAAGUGGGACAUUUUCAUUGAAUUUUGGUCUCCUUUCAUCCAUUUUAUUGUCACUCUGUGACACAGAACUGGCAAGGACCUAACAAGGCUUUUUAAGUAUUUUAACUCUUAAACCCAAACUACAUCGACCACGUUCUCCUCAUUGUCAGUAUCCAUGUAGUACAAAAUGAUUUUAGUGAUGUUUUGUCACCUCAUGCUUCCGUGCUGCCAAAUGUAGAUUUAAUCUUUGUCAAAAAUUUAAAAAUAAAAAAAAAUAUAUAUAUAUAUGUAUAUAUAAUAUAUAUAUAUAUGCAUAUAUAUAUAUACAUAUAAAAAAAUAUCAAGUUUUAAACUAGUUUUAGAAGUCAGCCUUUUGUUUUUUCUGCUGGACACCUAAAAAGCUUAAUGAGUCUGAUUAGAUUCUUCAACUUUGAAAAAUGUAAGUAAAACUGAAUCAACUAUGAGUAUCAAUAGUUGGCAAUGCCACAAUAUUAGUAAAUGUUGUGGCGGUUAAAAACCCAGUAACUUGAAUUAUUUAAAAAAGUUAAAAAUAAAAUAAUAAAAAAAAAAUACAUAAAAUUCAGUCUAAAAUUACUCUGGUCCGUUGUUUAUUUCAACUUGCUAAAAAUCUCCUCCAGGACCUAAAUGGAGACUGGGCACAUACAAUGCAUUUUAAAACUUAGUAAAACUACCAAACUAGUUCUAAAUAGCUUAAGGAUAGAGCCACUAGAUAUCCAAACUGUUGUAAAUCAAUUUCAAAUGCUGCUAAACAAAUUAUCAGGUUGAGGAAAAAAAUAUAUAUGUAUAUAUAUAAUAAUAAUAACAACAAUAAUAAUAAUAAUCUUUAGGCAAUUUUUUAAAGAUGCAGCAAAUUUUGAUAUUAUUGUACAACCCUAAAUAAAUUAAUUAAUCCAGGCACAUAAACUAACCAAACAAAACAAUACAAAACAAAGAAAAAAGUCUUAAACGUAACAGGCUUCUAUCCUUAAGGCUUGUAUGUGCUCACUAAAAAGAUAGAGGCUAGCUGCUAAUAUGUCGAUAUUAGCACUUAUCCUGGUUUAUAUUGAAAUUCAGUGAAAAAAUGUACAAAUGUUAAUGUUCUGACACUUGUAGUACAUCAGCAGGGAUUGUAUAAGUUUUUGUACAAGUACUCAAGUUUCUGGCAUUUAUUGCCAGUAAAAUUCUACUACUACUACUACAAUUUGGACGGCUACUGAGACUCCAGGGAAAACAAAGACACAGGAAAUGUGAUAUCAGCACUUAAGGUAUCUUUACUGCUUGAUCGAGGAAUCCCAAUCCAUAGUAAUGCCAGGUAACGUGGUGAUCUUUUCUUCCCAUUCCAAGUGGUAGUCUUUUCAGUGUGAAUGUUAACACAAAUAAACAGCAUGUCAUUGUCUAUAUAACUGCCGUUUAAAAACCAUAAACUUUAGAAAUUUGUGGCUUAAAAAAAAAAA